AUGUCUUGGUUAGAAAAUAUAGCUUCGACGGACCAACAAUAUUCCGAAAAUGUUUUCGAAAUCCCGUCAAUGCCACUGACACCGACCUCUUCUCAGAUAAACGUUCAGAGCCCUUGUUUUCCUGGAAACCGGGAUCCCCCGUUGAGUCACGGAUAUCUUUGGAAUAACUUUUCCAAUCCUUGCAAUAUUUCAACGUCAGUUAACACGUUGAGUGAACGUGGACUGUCACCGUUUCAUAGCGCAACUAUUCAACAUUCUAAUAGUAAUCGAAAUUAUCGAAUAUACAGGUACAAAUGAAAAUGGGAGCAAUAUUCGCAGCAAAACUCCACUAUCGAUGAAGAGGAUAUAGUUGACGAGUCGAGGGAAAGAAUAAACAUAAAUUCCACGGAGCAAUCUUUAGAUUUUAUUUGUGAGAGAGCUCAAGAUCGUCAAAUCUCCACGACUACAACGGUAUUUCGCGCUUGGGAAAUUCCGGCAUAUCAGAACACCGGGCAAAACACUGAAAAUGAGCUGAAAUGUCGUUCGUGGCAAGAGUCACGGUAUUCCAUUGGUUUGAGCAACAAUUCCUUUGACAAUGAAGCGUGUUCUGUAGAACAAGAGACAAAUAAACGAUUGACUGGCGACAGACCUCGCAAGGAAAGGACUGCAUUUACAAAACACCAAAUUCGCCACCUUGAAUAUGAAUUUGCGCACAGUAAUUAUCUGACACGUUUACGUCGCUAUGAAAUAGCAGUUGCUCUCGAUCUAACAGAACGUCAGGUAAAGGUAUGGUUUCAAAAUAGACGUAUGAAGUGGAAGAGAACAAAAGCAGGAUUAGGAAGUGGAUCAGACAAAUUUUGA